UAUCAUUCAAUACAAUACAUAGAGUAAUUACUCUAUGAUUCUAUCGUUGUAUAAAAAAUUAAAAUGGGCAGAUAAAAAAUCUUAAAACCACUUAAAUUUAAGUUAAUUAUUAUUUAUCGUAUACUAUUAAGUAUUAAUUAUAAUUUAAUUUUAGUUUUAAUUUUUCGGAACAGUAUUUAUCGACAAAGUAUUUAAUAAACUCAUCAUGUCUUUUGGUGGUUUUAUUGAUUUUUUUCAAAAAGGAAAAACUUUUAGGCCAAAGAAAAAAUUUUCACCAGGCACUCUUCGUUAUUCGUUAUACAAACAUGCACAAGCUUCAUUAAACUCUGGAAUAAAUUUAAGGAGCGCAGUACAAUUGCCACCGGGAGAAGACUUAUAUGAUUGGAUUGCUGUUCACGUGGUUGAUUUCUUCAAUCGUAUAAAUUUGAUAUACGGCACAGUCUGUGACUACUGUAACGAUACAUCAUGUCCAACUAUGAGCGGUGGGCCAAAGUUUGAGUAUUUAUGGGCUGAUAAAGAAAGAUAUAAAAAACCAACACCGCUACCAGCACCUCAGUAUGUUUCGCUACUCAUGGAUUGGAUUGAAACACAAAUUAAUAAUGAAAACCUGUUCCCAGUAUCUACAGAUGUACCAUUUCCUAAGACUUUUAUGCCACUUUGCAAAAAAAUACUAACUCGAUUAUUUAGAGUAUUUGUCCAUGUUUAUAUACACCAUUUUGAUCGAAUUAUAUCUAUAGGCGCAUUUUAUGGAUUCUCAGUGGAGCGUUGAAUGUGUUGAUUUACACCCAUUUGUAUUUUUUUGUGUAUGUACACAAAUACAUAAUAAGUAGUCGAAAUGAUGAUUAGAUUUUCAACUUCAAAAUCUUUUUUGAUGGGAAAGUGAAUUUUUUAUGAGCGUCUGAAGCAAGAAUUUAGACAAAAUUUGUCAAAAUCAUGAAAACUUGCAGAAAUUCAUAAAAUUUUUUUAUUUUUACCUAAAAUUUGAAAAUUUUAAUUCAAGAUUCUUCUAAAGAUUUUCUACCUUUAAACAAAAUAAAGUUUAGCGGAAAGUCUCAAACUAAUUUUUUAUGAGUAUUUGUAGUUUUUUCACCGAAUCAUUUUCAAAAUAUUUUGACUUGUUAAGUGCUAUUCGGUUAUUUCAAAAAUUUUGGUUUUUUUCUUUAAAUGUCAGUUCAAUUAAAUUUUUAAAUCAACAUUUAAAAAGGCAGGUAUGUGGAUGUCGCUCUGAUGUAUAGUAGGUUACAAGUGGGUCACUGUAAUGGAUGGUGUUAAAUUUGAAUCCAAUGAUAUAAUAUCAUUGUAUAAGAAAAACGAUUCUGAGCGAAAAAGGUCAGUCAGCCUAUACAACAAAAUGUUGCGUAAAAAUUCCCGUUUUUCCUUAAUUUUUCUUUUGUUUUUGAAAACUACUGGGAAAUGUUUUGACCCCCAAAGUACUAACUAGAUUCACUUUCCUUUCAGAAAAGUUACUGUUGAAGAAAAUCCAAGCAUUUUUAGUGUCCUAAAA